GUGAAUAUGGUUUACCAACACAUGACGUGGUUUCGCUUAAUCUGCUGUUCUCGAUUUUCUCUUGCUUUUCUACAAAUGACUUCAGAUGUCCCCGACGAGUUUUAUCAGGGUCCAGAAGUUGCCUACAGCCUUGUUUUUGGGGAAAAUUAUUUCACAUGGGAAUGGGAUCACCAAUUACGAAGUUUUAUGCAUCCUUUGUUUUAUGCGCUUGGUUUUAAAUUGUUACAAAAUUAUUCGAUAGAUUUUUCUAUUUUGUUAGUUCUGUUGCCACGCUUACAACAUGCUCUUUUGUCAGUGAUUGCAGAAACUAUGUUUUGUCUCACGGUCAAUCAAAUGUACGGAAUGCCAGUUGCAUCAUGGACAGCAUUUUGUCUAUCCACAUGCAUAUUCGCAAACCACUGUUUCACGAGAACGCUGAGCAAUUCGCUGGAGACUUCGCUUAUGAUGAUAGCAUUUUCCUACUACCCAGCUUGGAAUGAAAGCUUCUUCAAGGCGCACAACCGAAAAUUGAAUUUCUUGAAGUAUCUUAUCUUCAGUGCAUUGGCAUGUUAUGCUCGUCCUACAUCAGCCAUUUUGAGUGUUCCAAUGUCCUUGUACUGCCUGUGGAAUCUGGACUUCAAAGCAACGAUGGUGUUCCAAAUGGGAGUGGUCGGAAUAAAUGCUUUGAUCUGUCAAGUGGCAAUUGACUCUGCCCUGUACGGAGGUGGCACUACUGUGUUUCCAUUGUGGAACUUCGUCAAGUUCAAUUUUCUGUCUGAUAGCAACAAAAUCUUCGGCGUGAACUCAGUGUUCUGGUACAUCUACGCCGGAGUUCCUGGAGUCCUGGGCACUUUUCUGCCCUUCUUCCUCCUUGGAGUCUACAAGUCCUGGCGCGAUAAGAGAAUGUCGAGGCUGAUGUUGUAUCUGAUUGUGUUGUCAGUGGUGUUCUACAGUAUUCCGCCUCACAAGGAGAUGAGAUUCAUUCUACCAGUGCUGCCUCUCAUGUUGGUCUACGCUGCCUACUAUUUCGCUAACUGUGCAUCCUACCGCGUGCAGAAUCUAUGCAGAUGGAGUCUAGCUUCAGUAAACGCAAUAGUCACUCUCUACUUGAGCAUCUAUCACCAGUCAGGAUCAAUAUUUGCGGCACACUACUUGAACAUCCGACUUAAAAACACCAUAGCGCCUUCAGCUGCAAUCUUAACACCAUGCUACACUCUGCCUGGAAGAACUCACAUGCAUAUCCAUAAUUUGACAAUCCGAAGUUUAGAUUGCAGGCCAAAUUUGGACCAGAAGCCAGACUAUUUGACGGAAACGCAACAGUUCAUAAAAGACCCUCGUGAGUGGACAGUUGAAAAUUUUGGCUCCGAAAAUACCUUUGCAAAUUUUUCGUACUUGGUUAUGUUUGACUAUGUUUAUCCUUUGAUAGAGGAUUUGCUGAAUCGUGAUGGAUUUUUUAUUGAUAAAUAUUUCCAUUACUCUCAUUUUGCUGAUGAGAAUGACGGACAAAGUAAAAUUUUACUUGUUCUGGCAUCCACAAAUAAUUUAUGACAUGACGAUCAGAAUUGAUCUUCCUAGUGCAAUUAUUUUGAUGUAAUUGAUGAGAUUGAUAUGAAGCUAAUUUGUACAUUGUGAAUUGACCUGCUUUUUCAGAA